UGCUCCGGCUGAUCAUUCUGGCCUGUGCCACCCGUGAUUCGACGUGGCACCACCGCACACUUCACCAUUUUAACUCACCAUUAUGAAUCAUGGUCGCUGUGCUCUCGUGAAUGCAGGCGUGAUUGGUUCGCUUCAAGCAUGAUUCAGCUGUUCGAUUGGGCUCGGCGCAUUGAUAGGCCGAUGGAAGCGUUCACUGAAUCUAUAAGUAGGAGUAACCCUGAGCCCUCUUUUCGCAAGCACGAUGUUUGAAUCAUUCUCACUUGUUCAUUUGACUGUCGUUGGUGUCUUUCUAGCACUGGGCUUCUUCAAGGUGACGCGAUGGGCUUCAUCCAGGAAUUCUCUCCCUCUUCCCCCUGGUCCCCCAGCUCGCUGGUUCUGGCAGAAUCCUUUGCCACGUACGGAUAUCGCUCGUACCCUUGCAGAUUGGGUGAAUGAGUAUGGCCCUGUAAUCAGUUUGCAGCAAGGCCGCCAGGUAACUAUCAUUGUUGGUCGCAUGGACGCAGUUACUGAGAUCAUGGAGAAGAAUGGCGCUUCUACUGCGGAUCGCCCUCAUUCGAUCGCCGCCCGCGAAUUGCUUUCCAAGGGACUACGCAUGGUACUCGAGCACAACAAUGAAAGACACCGUCGGCUGAGGAAAGCCAUGAGUACUCACCUGCAGCCCAAAUCCAUAUCCAAGUUCAGGCCUAUGCAAAUGCAAGACGCCAGGAGGUUCGUCCUCGACGUCUUGAAUGACCCAGGAAAUCACCAAACACAUACACUCCGAUAUGGUGCCUCUGUCAUUCUUCGUGUCACGUAUGGAAAGUCAACCUCGACGUCUAAUGACGAUGCAGAGGUCAUUGGCGUUCAUACAGCUCUUGGACGCUUCCAGCGAGUCAUGCGUCCGGGGGCAUACCUUGUGGAUCGUGUCCCGAUUCUCAAGCACGUGCCUUGGUACGGACGCGAAAUAGAACAGUGGCACCGCUAUGAGAUUAAAUUGUUCCGAGAACAGCUAGCACGAGUACAGAGGGAAAUGGAAACUACGGACUGUGGACCUUCAUUUGCGCGGACACUAUUGGAGCACGAACUUGACAGCAUGCCCAGAGAUGAGAUGGCGUAUCUCGCGGGGUCGAUGUACGGCGCUGGUUCAGAAACGAGUGCGGUCGGUCUCAUGAGUAUGAUUGUAGCCGCCGCUUGCCAUCCUGAUGCACAACUCUGUGUCCAAAAUGAAAUCGAUGCAGUGGUCGGCAGAGACCAAGCGCCCAAUUGGAACGAUGCUGACUCACUUCCGCAGCUACAAGCAUUUAUUUUAGAAACGGCACGCUGGAGGCCGGUGAUACCUCAUGGCUUUGGCCAUCGGGUCACCAAGGACAUCAUCUGGCGCGGGUAUCUAAUACCUGCCGGCGCUGUUAUUUACGGAUGUCUCUGGGCUAUAUCCCGAGACUCCGAUGUAUUCCCUGAACCAGACGAGUUUAACCCUCAACGUUGGCUCGAUCAUAAUGGUCGAAUCCGCACUGACUUGAAGUUUUACCCCUACGGACAAGGCAGAAGGGUUUGUCCUGGUAUGUACCUCGCGAAUGAUUCGCUUUUCAUGACCAUGGCCUCCCUCCUUUGGUCCUUCCGCAUCGUUGAGCGCCCGGACGCUCCAAUUGACGUCGAUGCAUACACUGACACGCUUAUCUCGCGGCCCUACCCGUGUAAGGUUGACUUCAUCCCUCGCUUGGACGUAAAAGUGCUAAGGGCGAUGAUGGAGGCAGAGGUUGGCGAGUGAGGCAAUGCGAGUGACUUGUAUAUAUGUGAACGUAGCAUCCCUCGUAAUACUGCGUAGGGUACCACAGUUUUUUCCGACGCUCGGUGAAAUGAUUAUUAUCUCUGGGAUUACCAUUAAAAU